GACAAUAAACCUUUCACUUCUAUUGAUAGAUUAUCAGUAUCUUAUCUGCAGCACAACAGACAACACCACAAUUCUAUUCUGUAAUCGUUCAACUGUUUCGACUUCUCUAAUACUACAAGAAUUUUCAAAUCAUGAUAGAAACUGUACUUGGUCCAGUCGAGCUGUCGGCUCUCGGUAAAAUAUUGACUCAUGAACAUCUAGCGUUAGAUUUCACAGGAUUCUAUGUGCCACCGCCGCCUAAACUCACAAAUUAUUUCGAUAAAAAAAUUACUUUGCAGAAUGUUGGGCUCGUUAAGCAAUAUCCGUACGCUAGUAUGCAUAAUGUUACAUUCAAUGACAAAGAUACUCAUGACGCAAUUCUCUCAGAUGUUCAAUUGUUGCACAAAUUUGGUGGUGGAACAAUUAUCGAGAAUACCAGCCAUGGACUUCGGCGAGAUAUCCCCUUCAUGCAACAUAUCAAUCUGGCAACUGGAAUACAUGUUGUCGCAGGCACCGGCUAUUACGUUGCCUCUACCCAGGCUCAAAGUACACUUGGCAUGACCAAAGAACAGAUGUAUAACUUGAUGUUGCGAGAAAUGACACUGGAAUGCGAAGGAAGCCCUGGCGUCAAAACUGGUUUCAUUGGAGAAGUCGGCAGUUCUUGGCCAAUUUGUGAUUUUGAGAAAAAGGCAAUUCAAGCAACAGCAGAAGUACAGGCUCAAUUGGGAUGUCCAGUGAGUUUUCAUCCUGGUAGAAAUUCAAAGGCUCCCUUCGAAAUAAUUCGACUUUAUUUGGAAGCUGGCGGCGCUGUGGAAAAAGCUAUAAUGUCGCAUCUUGACCGAACGCUGCUUGAGAAUGAAGAUCUUCUGGAAUUGUCAAGUUUUGGCUGCUACUGCCAAUUCGACUUAUUUGGCACUGAAUGCUCGCACUAUCAGCUCAACCCAGAACUUGAUAUGCCAUCCGAUGCUCAACGUCUCGAUAAAAUCAUGCUAAUAAAAAAAGAAGGACGAAUUGAUAGAGUUUUGCUCAGUCACGACAUCCACACUAAGCAUCGUUUGUUGGCAUUUGGAGGGCACGGAUUCUCUCAUAUCUACAACAACAUUUUACCCAAAAUGUUGACAAAAGGAUUUUCGCAAGAUGACAUUGAUGCCAUGACUGUGAAAAACCCGACAACAUGGCUUGCACCGUGAUUUCAUUAAGCGUACCUACCUUGAGUGUAUUUUGUUACAUUUGAAAAAUGAAUAUAUGAAAUUUGUCAGUUCUAAAACCA